UAUAAAUACUAGCUCGAAUCUGCACUUCUAACUCAUUCACCAACAUUUUUCAAUCACUUCCAUAAACGAAGCCAUGAGAAAACCAAUUACAAGUGUUCUUGUGAUGUUAUCUGCCCUUUUUUUCAUUGAAGGGCUUGGUGUUCAGCUGCAAUACAAGCGAGAAUCAAACAUAAGCUGCGAUGAGAGCGAACUAAAAGCUCUUAUCAAAAUGAAAGAAUCGCCCAUUGAUGAUUCAAACCGCUUGUCAUCGUGGGUUGGAGAAGACUGUGUACCUGGAAGGGGGUGGGUUGCAGCAAGAGGACAGGCAAAGUCGUGAAGCUUGAUCUGCGAAAUCCAUUUUCUGUUGAUUUUGUUAGAUAUUUUUACGGUGUUGGCGGUGUCAUCGAUUAUCCAGAGAAUUACUACAGAGCCUGCUUGGAAGGUAAAAUAAAUCAUUCUAUACUCGAAUUGAAGCAUUUGCAAUACAUAGACUUGAGCAAUAAUGACUUUUCAGGAACCCUAAUUUCAGAACUACUCUUUGAUUCCCUUAAUAACCUGAGAUAUGUUAACCUCUCUUUUAGUAGUCUUGAUGGUUCACUCCCAAGUGAGAUGGUCAAUAUGACACAGCUUAAUGUCCUCGAUCUCCGUGAUAAUUUUUUAUUUGGUAAAAUACCACUAACCAUAAGGAAUCUUAGCAGCUUGCUAAUCCUUGAUUUGUCGCAUAACCAAUUUAGUGGCGAGGUUCCGAUUUUCCUAGAAAAUAAAUCUGAUUUGCUCCUGAAUAGUUUAAAGUACCUGCGUCUUGAAAGCAAUAUGUUUAGUGGUUUGCUGCCAGAGAACUUGGGGGAAUUUCGGAAUCGAAAGCACCUUCUUCUUGCUGACAACUUGUUUUGUGGUCCAAUCCCGACGUCAAUUGGACAACUCUCAAAACUAGAAAGGUUGGAUUUGUCUUCAACUUCAUUAGAUGGUAAGGUAUCUGAACUCCACUUUGUCAACCUCACUAGGUUAAAUGAGUUGUCCUUGUCUUCAAACCAGUUGGUUUUGGAUGUCAGUCCCCAUUGGGUUCCUCCAUUUCAACUUCAAACUCUUGACUUGGGCAACUGCAAAUUAGGACCCCAGUUUCCUCCCUGGCUUCAAACGCAGAGACAUGUUGACAAGUUAGUGAUGUCUAAUACAAGCAUCUCAGAUACCAUCCCUGAUUGGUUUGAGAAUCUGUACUCUCAUAUCAACUGGCUGGAUAUAUCCCAUAACCAGAUCACCGGUAGACUGCCAAAAUUUCAAGAAUCUAACGGUUCUCAAAGGUUCUUUUUUUUGAAUUCCAAUAAAUUUGAAGGCAUAUUAAUGCCGAUUCCUUCUGGGAUUGUCAUUUUAGAUCUCUCCAACAACUUACUUUCUGGGCGUAUUUCUGUCAUCAUAAAUAAUGCGACAAUGAGAUUGGAAAUUAUUGCUCUCUCGAAUAACAAUUUGAAUGGAGGCAUUCCGGUGUAUUUGUGCAAGAUAAAGGCUUUGAAAGCAAUUAUUUUCUCAAAAAAUCAGUUGUUGGGAAAACUUCCCUCACGCAUUGGGGACUUGCAUCAACGGGAGGUCAUUGAUCUGAUGUAUAACAAUCUACAUGGUGAAAUCCCAACUUCUUUGGGUUCUCUAAGAAACCUCAACUCGUUACACUUGAACAACAAGAAGUUUGAAGGGAAGAUAUUUUUUUCUCUACAGAAUAUGACAUACCUUGAAACACUAGAUCUAAGUGAAAAUGAAUUCAUUGGUAUUCUCCCUCCUUGGAUAGGGGAAAACCUAUCCAAUCUAAAAUUUCUCAAUCUUCAAUCAAAGAAGUUUUAUGGUGAUCUUUCUCCACAACUUUGUCACCUCUUAGCUCUUCAACUGUUAAACUUGGCACAUAAUGACAUAACUGGAAAUAUUCCGAGGUGUUUUGGCAAUUUUAGUGCCAUGAAUGUGGAAGAGGAAUUUGUCUCAUUUUGUGGACAUAUUGGGAAGGUGGUAGGGGAAUUUGAUAUUUCAUUUCAUAUUAGUCCUACUGAUAAUAUAGAUUACAAAGAUUCCAUUUCUUUGUAUAUGAAAGGAAGGAAACUUGAAUACACCAAAACACUCCCAUUUGUCAUAUCCAUAGACCUUUCAAACAAUCACAUAACUGGAGAGAUUCCGGGAGGCUUGAUGGAUCUUGUUGGGUUGCAGAAUUUGAAUAUAUCCGGAAAUUAUCUAAAUGGAAGGAUUCCCAAGAGGAUUGGCAAUUUGAAAAACUUGGAAUCUCUCGAUUUGUCCAGAAACAAACUUUCUGGUUCAAUCCCUCAAAGCCUGUUAGCUUUGAAUUUUCUAAGCUUUUUAAACUUGUCAUCCAACAACUUGUCCGGGAUAAUACCAACAGGAAGUCAACUUCAGAUGCUCAAUGAUCCAUCAUCAAUCUAUGGUGGCAACAGUGAACUCUGUGGACCACAAAUCUCUAAGCCUUGUUCCGGUGAUACAUCAUCUGAUACAUUAUCUGAUGGUCAUGAACAUGUUGGUGAGACUGAAGAUGGAGAUGAGUCUGAACUUUUGUGGUUCUAUGGUAGCAUUGGACCUGGUUUUCUGGUUGGCUUCUUGGGAGUUUGUGGCAUUUUGCAUUUCAAGAAGUCUUGGAGGUAUGCCUACUUUCAGUUUGUGGAGAACACCUACAACAAUGCAGUUGCUGUGAAGGUAGCUUGGGUGCAAAGAAAGUUCCGCAAGGAUAAAAUUGCAGGAUAAAUUUCUCUCUAAAAUGGUUUAAACUCAGUUGGAGCAGAGGAGAUUCAGGUGUAAGGUGGCAGAGCUAGCAGUAGCAGUGGGUUUCCAUAAGCUGUCAAUCGAGAAGGAUCACUACAAUAAACUUCAGAAAAUAAAGUUAGACCUUGAUUUUUUUUUUUUUGUUUUUUUGUUUUGGUUAAAGUAUUGCAAGUAUGUUGUGCUUGUUAGAGUUUGAGUACUAGUAUUUCCUUCCAUUUCAUGACUUUCUGGUUGCCAUUUCCCUUUGUUAAAGUCAGAAUCCUUUUGCUUUGAGUGUGAUUUUGUUCUUGCUUUUUAAACUAAUGUUAUGUUUGGUUCA